CUCAGUAGAGAGACGAGCAGAUCAUUGCACAGGGGUUGACAUGAGAUUACCAGGGCAAUCCCAGCACUGUCCCCUGCUCAUGCAGCUCUGUAACCAGAGGGGUCACAGCUCCUCCAGGCUCUUCCCACACAUCUCUGCUCUCCUUCCAGGCUUAGGCUGUGGGACGAUGGAGACAGUGCUUGGCAACCUGGGGAAGGCAACAGUCCUGGGGAUCUCCCCUUACUUCCAGAAUCUCACCCAGCACUUUGGAACAGUCACAUGGAAGAGGAGUGUGGAAAACCCACUAAGCAAGGAAUACUUGUGCACAUACUACAAAGGUAACUACACCAACGACAAGCUGGGACAGAUUCUCUUCCCCAACUUCUCACUGGAGAUCCUCAGCACCCAAUGGCUUGACCAGCAGCUCUGUGAAUACUCUGUCACCACGGAAGCGGGGGAGAAAAACCAGCAGAUCCGACUGGUGGCGUAUGAACCCAUGUCUGAUCCCAGCAUCCACAUCCUCGACUGGAUGCUGGCCAAUGACAGCAGCACGGUUACCCUCAACUGCACAGCAGCACAAGGGGACAACGUGUCCUGCAGCUGGGCCAGCUCUGAGGCCAGCACCUCGUCGCUCUGCACCCACAACGGCAGCCUCCUGCUGCUCUCCUCCGACCCCACCAACAGCACCCUGCCUCGCGCCUGCACUGCCAGCAACCCUGUCAGCCGCCGCACCGCCGCCCUCCACUCCUCCAUCUGCAGAUCCAAGGAGCAAGGCAGCUGGAGGACAGGGAUGCUGGUGGUGCUGCCCAUAAUGAUCCUGAUGGUGCUUGCUGGGGCCUUCGCUGUGGCCUAUGUGGCUGCAAACAUGAGACAACCAAGGGAGCAGUUGCCUCUGGCUGAGGACAGCACAGUGCACAUCAUCUACUCUGAGGUGCAGCGGGUGGAGAAGCUCAAGUCCCCCUGCAGCCCCCUGGGCACUGAUCACCCCACCUGCACCACCACUUAUGCUGCAGCCACUGGCACAUCCCUGGCCCCACACAGCUCUCAGGUAAGUGGAAAGGGGUUGAGGUGGAUCUGAGCACCUCGCUCACCCUCACUUUGCCUUGCAGAGCCCCAACACGGAGCCUGUGCCAUGAUGCUGCCCAUCAGCUGAGGCUCCCCGCGGGGCAGGACCCGGCUCCGCCACCGCACCCUGCAUCCAAACCCAGCAUCCCUGCAGGGGACUUUGCCCAUCCCUGCGGAAAUGGGACACGCUGCUCCUGGCCCCAAAGCAUCGCGCUGAUGAUCGCUGGAGCAACGCGAAUGGCCAAAGGAAGGAAAGAAAGCAAAGAGAGCAGCGCCGGGACAGGACGAGACAACAGCAGCGCUCGGAGGGACGGACUCGCCAGGGGGAGCCCAUAGGGGACAACGUGGACUGCCGAACUACAGAAGAAAAAGAAAACCAACGAAUCAGAAGGUGCCCCGUAGGAGGUUUCGAGGUGUCACAGCGAGGAGCCCCCGCAGCUCUCCCAGCUCUCCCGUGGCCGUGGGAAGCGCCGCAUCGCUUCUCCAUCCCCUGGGCCGGGUGUCCGGCUGAGUUUAGGGGUAUGGGCAGCUCUGUGUGCCCACCAUGUACAGCACCAGGACAAGGGGUGGUUCAGGGCUGUCGGCUCUUUCCAACUGUGCUGCUGCUGGGCUCAGGCAGCACGGCCGAUCUCACCUGCUAGAGAAAAUAAAGCUAUGGGGAAAUCUUU